AUGGGAUUCUGCUGUUCAAAGCCUCAGGUUGACGACGACGAGAAUGAGAACACCGCACUGUUGAGGGAGGAUACCCACGAGUCAGGAUCCUCGCCGGUGUUUGACCGGUUUGCAAACAUGAGCUCUGGAGAAAUAGCCCGGUUUAGGGAGGAAGAGCGGCUAAAGUCCAUAGAGCAGCAGACGACAGACUCUCGGGAUUACGGGGAACUUUUAAGCCGGUUCAACAGAGAAAUCAAACUACCAAUGGUGACGCUCCCAGGACCCGUCGAGGAGCCACGGCGCGGCGGCACUGAUGUGGCUGGUGUUUUGGCAGACGCACAUAUUAUGACCUCAGACAUUAACCUUCUUGACUGGGCGAUUGAUGGCGUUUUGGACGCCAUGAUGACUGUUCGUAUCGACCCGCCAGGCGAAUGCAUUGUUGCUCUGUCUGUUGAAAGUGAGUAG